AUGCCCGGAACGGCAAUGUCAACGACUCAACGGCUGCUGAUCUCCACAGUGGGGCCCGGCGCCAGGGUUGGCGUGCCGUGCCGCGCCGUUUCUCGUACCGUCCCGCUUGGCUGGUCACUCCUGCCGCCUGGAUGCUGCCUUCCGCCCAGCAGCUCCGAUUCCCCAUUGCCAAAUUCUCAAGUCAUCCCGGGCCGCCUUCCCGGACGGCAUCCAUCCCCCUGUGGAAGUGGCCGAGCGAGGCCGUGA